AACUUGACCAGUCAAGGCGAUAAAAAGUUAGACGGUUUACUCCAAUGACGCUCUCUUGAAUACCUUAGGUCAUUCUGAACGGCAUAGAAACUUACUGCUAUUAUAGCCUACUUUUCAUCAGCACUGAAUGCUAAUAAUCACCCAAUUCCAUCAGAGGAGAAACAAAGAGAACUCGAGCUAUAUCAACUUUAUAAAGGCAAGGCAAAUGGUGAAAAUAGUCGGCAAUACGCCUCAUAAAGGCAAGGCAAAUAGUGAAAGUAGUAGACAAAUAAAUUAACUUAAUUGGCCUGGUGAACUAUGCCUACUAUUAACUAGUCUUCGUUAAGCCUUAAUAAAAAAUAAAAAAUAAACAAUAUCAGACUGACAUCCUGUGAUCCAGGUGUGAUUUAAAUAGCGUGUAGGGUAGGCUACUUUAAAUAAACCACCUUAAUGUUUUGUCCUUUGUUUUGGAUAUGCUGUCUCAUUUUCUAAAAACGCUUGCAAAACAAGUAUUGUUAAAGUUUAGAUAGCAAAUUAUUUGUAUUCAGUUGGAUUCCCUCUCGUUGUGAGAUGGAAACUGAAACUUGACAACCUUGUUAGUGAUUCAGAAUGAGAACUGGGAUGGCAUCGUUCAGGUAGCAUAUGGUACACCUUGUCGGAUACACAACCCAAGACCUGUCAAGAGGAUGAAUAAGAAGGUCUAUUUAAAACGUAUAGUAACAUAAGCUAACCUUUACCAUGCAACCUACCGCUGCACCUGAACAAACUUCUCAAUCAAACCGGUGUCGCAACUGAAAUACAAGUUAUUUCUUUCCCUAUAGCACUCCCUAUUGGACACCAUAGGUAAAAGGCCUGUCACAGUAUUUCUGAUAUUUAUAGCAGAAAUAAUGGAAAAAUCUUGCGUAACAACAUAAAUGAAAAGUAAUGGUUUCUAGCUCAGAUGCAUUAGCCAUUUCGCCCAGACGACGGAUGAUAAUCUGAACUACAUUGAAGUGGAAAAGUCUCUCAUAUUGAAAGAUCACAACCUCCUCAUCAUCAAUACAAUGGGGCAGGAAAUAUGCGUAUUUUUAUUUUCUUUGACAGCACUCCCCGUUCUUUACACAAUGAACAAUGUCCCCGCAUAUCAGGAGCCGCUUGUGAUCCUGGAGAUUGGAGUGGCAGUGCUUGUAGCCGUGUUCUUCUUGGUCUACCUUGCUACUCGCUUCAACCCACCCAAAGAUCCUUUCUUCUAUGUGUUUGCGGAGUUCUCCUUCACGUGCAUCAUUGACCUGGUGAGCGCCAUGGAGUAUGAUGGGUUUGCCUCGGGACUCAUGGAGUUCUACCAGAGGACGGGGGAGCCAUACCUUGGCACCAGCUAUGCCAUCAUGAUGUGCUACUGGGAUGGCAUCACACACUUCCUCAUGUACCUUGUCCUGGUGCGCCGCAUGUCCAAGAAAAAGCCAUAUCGCAGCCUGGGCCUCUUCUGGGCCGGCUCCUUGUUGAGCAACAUGGUGGUGUUUGUUGCCGGCAUUGCCAUCGGUAAAUAUGGCCUGGAGAUUCGGCCUGCAUUUUGGCUCAAUAUGCCGUUCCUGUUGGUACCUGUUUGGGGGGCAGUGUCCUUCUUCCGAAGGCCGAGGGAUCCUACUACCAUCACGCUGUCUAAGAUAGAGCGAAAGCACAAACUGUCCCUGGUCUGGCGGCCUCUGGACUUGCUACUAUCAGUUGGUCUGUGCGCGGCGAUGGCAUUCACCCUCUUCAGGGGUCUGGUUGUUCUUGGCUGCCCACUGGAGGAAUUCACUUCCUAUCCAACCAAGUACGAGCCGUAUCUGAAUGAUCCAGUGGCAUACCCCAGAGUUAUGAUGCUGUGCUUCCUGUUCUACGCGCUGCCUCUGCUGGGAGCCUUCGUGUAUGGUCUGCGGACACCUGGAUGCACCUGGAUGCUGGACUGGACAGUGUUUGUCGCUGGAGCGAUGACCCAGUGCCAGUGGUGCCAUAUCGGUGCGUCGCUUCACCCUCGCACCGCAGCCGUGUACCACAUCCCUGAGUCCUCCAUGGUCCCGGUUCUCCUGGUGAAUGUGCUGUACGCCGCGGUGCCGCUGUUGUUGGCCAAGCGCUGCACCAGCGACCCUGCCUUCUUCAUGUCCCCGGCAGCCCUGACACAGUCCAACCAUGAGAAAAAAGUGAAUUAAACUUGAAUGAAAAUCA